UCCAAAACUGGCGGCGCUAAGCGCAGCAAAGCAAAGCAAAAGACGCCUUCGCCUUCGAUUUGGUUUGGCUCGAAUUCGAUUCGAUUCUUCUCCACGCCGCCGGCCAUGGCGUCCGCCGCGUCCUCCUCCUCCUCCUCCUCGUCUCAGUUCGAUAGGGAUCCAGCGGCGAGGCGCCCGCCGCCGCAGCUGCAACGGAAGCCGCCGUUGCUGAUGCUGCUCCCGCUCAUCUACGCCCCGGUGCUCCCGCUCAUCAGGAUCGGGCUGCGGCACAACCCAGUGUGGAGGGAUCGCCUCUUCUACGGCGUCCUCGCCGGCGCAUUCGCCCACGGCACCUACCUCAUAUCGGAGCUAUAUGACGUAGAGAGCAAGUGAAUCAUAUGCCUUGAAGGAUCCAGUCAAGGGUAUGCAAUCAGCAGAUUUUGACUUGAUUGUAAGUCAUCUACUGUUGAUGAGAGGUGUAUGGUUUUUCAGAAUGAUAAAAUGUGCUAUGUAUCUAUCGUUUUUGUUAAUCCAUUUAAACUUUUGUGGUAGCUGUACUGAUAGAAUAUUUAAGCACAUACAAUAAUUCUGACUGAGAGCAACAUAUCCGGCAAUAUUCUUUCCAAA